AUGGUGUCUCGGUUGUCUCAGCCUUUUGAGUCCUUCAAUAUCGCUAAGCCUCCCGGUACCGCCGCCCCGCCCGCCAAGCCUGCGCCCCCAGCUACACCCGGAGCGCCGACCUCCCCAGCAGAACACCGCCUGCUGAAGACCUGCUGGAGCUGCCGCGUGCUUUCUGGGUUGGGGCUGAUGGGGGCCGGCGGGUACCAUUGCCACCUGGGGUAUCGUUGUCAUGGCAGACCCCAAAGGGAAGGCCUACCGCAUUGUUUGAAAGUACCACCAGUGAAUCUGUCUUCUGUCCCUGUCCCCGUGACACACAGAGCAGGCAUGGAAUUUAAUGGGUGUUCUGGACAGACACGUGUACGUGGACAGACAUCACUACUGUGGAUACUACAAGACUGAAAAGAAAAUCAUAUGUUGUCAUUCUCUGGCUAUGGAGUGUUUGUGGCCUUCACAGAUUUCACAGGAACCAAUAAAUCCCUCAGAGAAGUAAAAAAAAAAA